AUGAUUAUCCGCAUGCUCUUGCAUCUCUCUUUUCCAUUGCUACUCGAUCUCGCCGGUCUCGUUCAGUACAUCAACGGCGAAGAGGCACUCCUCCAAUACCAAGAGACGCUGAACAUGGCGGGCGGCGACCGCAAGCGAAAACAUGCCCCCGACGAGGAAUGGGAGCCCGAGGCGAACACCAUCAUCGUUGAUGCCGGAGAUCUGGACGACGAGGAUGAUGACAUAAUCCUAGAUCGCAAGCGUCCAUCACGUCCGAGUCGCGUCUUACGCUCGCGUGAGGCUAGUCGCCUUCCGAGCUACGCUGGCGGAUCCAUUGUUUCUGAGGGCGAAGACGACGAUGCCCUGACCGAGACCAGCCAACCGGCGCGACGGCUGCGGAAGCGGACAUCAACGCAGCUGAGGCUCACCAGCAUGUCUUUCAAAACGAGUGUCGUGGACCAGGAGCAGGAUGAGUUGGCGCUGGAGUCUCGCCAGUCAUCCGAGGACGACAAUUUCCUGCCCGUGGUGUCUGACCUGGCGCUGAAAAAGGGCCGCCCCUCACGAGCCGUGCAGCGCUCUCGUCGGCUGAAGAAGCAGAAAGAAGAGAGCGCCAAACAAGCACGCAGGAGGUCGGGAGAUUCCGAUAUAGAAUUCGAGCAGCCUCGACGAUCCGCAAGGUCUACGCGCAAUCGCACGAAUAUGCAGGACGACGCCUUCAUGGACGAUGACGACUCAUUCUACGUGGUUGACGACAAGCCGGCCGGCGCGCCCAAGGUCAUCUCUGUCAGGGAGGUUUUCCAACCAGUCGCUCCAGACUCGGAUUUUGGAUCCGUGCAUAUGCAAUCAUGCCAUACCUGUGGCGGCUCAAGGCAGCGUGGCCAGCUGCUCUAUUGCCAAGGGUGUUGCCUGGCGUACCAUAAGAACUGCAUUGGGUAUCGAAGCAAUCGGGAGCAUUUGGCAACCAAGGUGGGAGAAGACGACUUUGUGCUGCAAUGCAGAUUCUGCCUCAACAUCUACUCCAAAAAAGACAGCAGUGCGCCCCGACACAGCGCCUGCCAGCAGUGCAAGAAAGACGGCCGAUCCUGCGCCGCCUUUUCUCAGAAGAAGACGGCUCGCCAGGAGGAAAAGCUGCGCGCAGAUAACGGCGGCAUCGAUCCUGUCACCCCAGUCUCGCCUGAGCUCAUCAACAACUCCGACAAUGUCCUUUUCCGCUGCUCAAUGUGUCACCGUGGAUGGCAUGUAGAGCAUCUGCCUUCCACUGGCACCGAUGCGGUUGCGACGGACGUCAAGUCUGAACGCCUUAAAGAGUACUCGGUCGACUGGCGGUGCAACGAUUGCAGCUCUGCCAAAGGCAAGAUACAUCGCCUGAUAGCGUGGCGGCCGGUCCCACAACGAGACAAUCACCCGGCUUACGGAGAUGUAAGCGAAGACGACCGGGAGUAUCUCAUCAAAUGGCAAGACAUGUCAUACAGACACUGCUCUUGGGCCCCUGGAGCUUGGGUAUUUGGUGUCUCUUCCGGAGCCAUGCGCACCUCCUUUGCCAAACAGGCUAUUCCAGACGAGUAUAUCACCCCCGACAUCAUUUUCAAAGCAGAUGAUCUUGCCAACAUCUCCCAGGUCAAGAAGAUCCUCGUCAAGUUCCAUGGCCUCGGCUAUGACGAUGUCGUAUGGGACUCUCCCCCGACCCCAGACAAUGCCCGAGUCUACAGCGCCUUUCAUUUCAAAUCUGAAUCUGCCAACAAGAUGAAAGAACGCAUCAGGUUGUACAAGUCUUCUCCGUUUGUAGAACUCAUGGGCUAUCAGAUAGAAGGUCUCAACUGGCUUCUGCAGAACUUUCACCAGAAUCGAAGCAUUGUUUUAGCGGACGAGAUGGGGUUGGGCAAAACAGUUCAAGUCGUCGGUCUUGUAACCUCCCUUGUACUGGACGCGCCGAAGUGCUGGCCAUUCCUUAUCGUCGUACCCAAUGCUACCUGUUCCAACUGGCGUCGAGAAUUCAAGCAGUGGGCUCCAAGCGUCAGAGUGGUCGCCUAUCAUGGAGGCAAGGAACCUCAGGAACUCGCCUACAAGUACGAACUAUUCCCCGACGGCUCUACAGACAUGAAGGCUCAAGUGGUCAUCAUGUCGUAUGACUCGGCGCAAGACCCAAGGACAUCUGCCCUCUUCAAGUCCGUUAACUGGAAAGGACUGGUCGUUGACGAAGGUCAGCGACUAAAAAAUGAUCAAAACCUUCUAUAUACUGCUUUGAAGGCGAUGAGGAUACCAUUUCGACUCUUGUUAACUGGCACGCCGCUGCAGAACAACAAGAGGGAGCUCUUCAACCUCUUGCAGUUCAUUGACGAGAAGCAAAAUGCAGAGAAGCUGGAUGAGGAGUAUGCAGUUCUGGACAAGGAUAACCUUCCCAAGCUGCACGAGAAAAUCCGUCCAUACUUCCUGCGAAGGACAAAGCUCGGCGUCCUCAAGUUCCUUCCCCCUAUGGCGCAGAUCAUCCUUCCUGUCACCAUGACGGUCAUUCAGGAGAAGCUGUCGAAGAGCAUCAUGGCGAAGAAUCCCCAGCUCAUUCGAGCUGUGUUUGCAAACAGCAAGAUGAACGCCAAGGACCGCGGCAGCUUAAACAACAUCCUGAUGCAGCUGCGCAAAUGCUUAUGCCAUCCUUUCAUGUAUUCCGAAGCGAUCGAAGAGCGUCACCAUGAUCCAAAGGUAGUUCAUCGCAACCUGGUAGAAGCGUCGGCCAAGCUUCUGUUGCUGGAGAUCAUGUUACCCAAGUUGAAGGAACGGGGUCACCGUGUCCUCAUAUUCAGUCAGUUUCUGCAGCAGCUUGACAUUGUCGAGGACUUUCUUAAUGGGAUGGGCUACGGCUAUCGUCGUCUGGACGGGUCCAUCUCCAGUUUGGAGAAGCAGCGGCGUAUCGACACCUUUAAUGAGCCAGGUUCUGAGCUCUUUGCCUUCUUGUUGUCGACGAGGGCUGGUGGCGUUGGAAUCAAUUUGGCGACAGCAGACACUGUCAUCAUCAUGGAUCCCGAUUUCAACCCUCACCAAGAUAUUCAGGCACUAUCCCGUGCUCACCGAAUUGGCCAAAAGAACAAGGUGUUGUGCUUCCAGCUCAUGACCAAGGAUUCGGUGGAGGAGCGAAUUAUGGAAAUUGGGCGCAAGAAGAUGGCGCUGGACCAUGCGCUUAUUGAGAGCAUGGAUGACGAUGAACUCGAAGGGGCCGACUUGGAAUCAAUCCUGAAGCAUGGUGCUCAAGCUUUGUUCGAUGAGGGCUACCAAAAGACUGCCAUCCACUAUGACUCUGCCUCUGUGGACAAGCUUUUGGACCGCUCUCAGAUGGAGAAAUCUGCAGCUGUGGAUGACAACUCUGCCGAAGGCCAGUUCACCUAUGCCCGUGUAUGGUCGAACGACAAGCUUGGAUUUGAAGAGACGGCCGACCUCUCCGAGGAGCAGGCUCCGGAGCCUAUUGGCUCCAGCGUCUGGGACCAGAUUCUUGCUCAGAGAGAAGAAGAAGCCCGACGAGAAGCCGAGGCGAGCAAGGAAGUUCUCGGGCGCGGGGCGAGACGUCGGAUGGCUGUCAACUAUGGAGCAAAGGGCACUGAUCCCUUUGCGGUGCUGGGCGACGUCGGUGGCGACUCUUCAGACUCCUCUGAUGACUUUGAAAUGGGUAACGCUCCUGAAGAGUCCGACGAUGAGAUGGACCCCUCGUCAACAGUCGAAACAGCAGCCGAAGUACUAGCCAUGAGAGAAGCCAAAAGAAAACAGCAGCAUGGCAUCGCGUUCCCCAAAGAGCAGACGCCCGGCUCAACCCCCAGCAACUCAACCCCAAAACCAACCCAAGCUGAUCCGACCGCAACGGGACCGGCAUGGAAAGCCGAUGUGCCAACGGCCCGUAAAAGAGGCAGGCCUCCUAGGUCGACGCCGACUGCCAACGGAAAUGCCGGAAUGCCCACCGACGGGUCCCAAGCUCGAUCCCGAGCGACACAACAGCAGCCUGGCCCUGCGUUGGUCUAUAAGAAGGGCUUUGACAGUGCUAGUAGACGCCAGGAGACCCUUCAACACUACCAACAAUACUUUAGCAACGGCGGUCGGCCACCGCCUCAAGCACAUCCGCCAGCUCAGUACCCGUAUCCACCGCCCGGCCAAGCACCGACCGGGUACGAGUAUAUCUCCUUCCUGACGUCUGAGGCGCAGAUACGUCUCGCCUUGGACGUUGUUCAUCAUUCAAAGUACUCAACAGCGAUGAAAGAGCGACACAUAGCCGCUCUGUUCCACAGAUUAGGUCAAGUGCACAUGCAGAACGGGAUUCGGCAGAGGUGAAAUUUUUCCUGGCCCCCCUUUUUUUCCUUCAGUAAUAGAGAGGAAUAGAUCAUGACUUGACGCAAGGAUACACUUUUUGAUAUUGACAUAGCUUAUUACAUACAUAUGUAUAUAAAGACACACAGAGAGAGAGAAAAUGGGAAAGACGUGGACAACCUCCGACUUGCAUAGCCAGCGGAGCAAAUGCCAGCAGACACCGGAGAUUUCUCUGCAACCAGCCGAGCUUUGACUCGAUAUCAAGCAGGGGGUAAGGCGACAAACGGACGAGGAACACAACCUUGACCGUUGGGCUUAUGUCGGUGAGGCAGCAGCUUGACGUCUGAUCCUACAUGUAGUCCUCCAUUC